UUGGAUUUCUUUUCUGGUUUCCUCAUGUCCAAUUCUUCCGGUACCUUCCACGCCCUGGGCCAUAAUUGGCUGGGUAAGGCCGAUAUUGCUGUGCAAACGGUCUUGUUAAGCGGGGGCUUUGUUCUUGUUGGCUUGAGGUUAUGGUCGAGACGGUUGCUGGGGGUUUCUUGGCAAUGGAAUGAUUGGUUGAUCUUGGCUUCAAUGAUGGUCAUGCUGGGCCGCUAUGUAGUAGAACUCUUGUUGAUCUUGAUGUGUGGGUUGGGAUUACACACGGCCGAGGUGACUCAACUUGGUGGAGAUGAGACAAUUGUUCGCUUCGACAAGCUCACAUACAUUGGCGAUCUUCUAUGGAUCACAGUGGUGGCUCUUAUCCAACUGUCAAUCUUGCACUAUUACUUCCGCCAAUUUCAACAAAGAGUCAUUGUGUGGUUGACGUACAUCACUAUGGCUCUCUGUUCGGCCCUCUGGAUCGGAAGCUCAUUUGCAACUGCAUUCUUCUGUACACCUGCAAAAAAGAUAUGGUUACCCAACCUCAGCGGACAUUGCGGUGAUCGCAAAAUGUUGCACUUGGGUUCCACCGUGAGUGAGGCCAUACUCGAGGCAUUCAUUCUUUGUCUGCCCCUUCCAAUUAUAUUGCAUAUGCAACUCUCAAAAGCGAAAAAGCUGGCAUUGGCACCUGUUUUUCUACUUGGCAUAAUUAUUCUCACUGCAACACUUAUUCGCAUCAAGAUCGAAUUCGACCUCAACUCAGAUGACCCAACUUUUGGUUCCGCUCGGAAGUCUCUUCUCUCAUGCAUCGUCCCUCUAUUAGGUAUCAUCGUCGCUUGUCUUCCAAUUAUAUCGCCAUCCAUCCAACGAAUCUUCAGAACAAAAAUACUCUCUUCCCCGUCAGAGGGUGCAACAUAUGGGUACAGGUCAUCAUACUACAAGCCGACUGUCUUGUCGGGCCGGCAAAUGGAGGAGCCUGAAAUCCCACUUGUAUCAGUCAUGCAGCCUCCCAUGGCAAAGAAGUUAUCGGAAUGGUGUCAUGGUCAGAUUAAGAUUACGUCGGACUGGGAGAUUCAUUCUACGAGAAAUUCGGCGAGGCUAGAUAAGGACUCUAUACGGAAAGCUUGA